AUGUCUGUAGGAGAAUAUGCAGCAAAGUUUGACGAAUUGUCCAAAUUUUGUCCUUACUUUCAUGAUAGAGUUGAUGAACGUUCUCGUUGUUCCAAGUUUGAAAGCGGACUAAGACCUGAUAUUAAACAAGCAGUUGGUUAUUUAGAGAUUUCUUCUUUUCCCACUCUUGUAAAUCGUUGUAGGAUUUAUGAGGAUGAUACUAAGGCAAGACAAAUUCAGUGGAGACAAGGAGGGCCUUUGAGGCACAAAAGAAAUGAUUUUAAUAAUAAAAAACCUUACCAACGUCCAUCUCAUGCUUCAUGGAAUUCUUCAGGACAAAGACAUUCCUCUGCUGCCAAUAAUUCAGGUAUAACCAACCAUAUCAAAUGUUUCCACUGUGGAGGACCUCAUCUGUCAAGAAACUACACCACAAGGACUAUAACUUGCUUCAAUUGUGGGAAGUUGGGUCAUUAUCGUAAUGAAUGCAAAGAGUUAAUUAAGGAGCAAGGAAGUGGGGGAAGCAGCAACAGAGGAAAUAAUCAACUUAGAAGACCAAAGACAACCGGAAGAGUCUUCACAAUGAAUGGUACUGAAGCUAUUCAAUCUGAAGAUCUAAUCCAAGAUUCGAGUCAAGGCAGAAGAUAUUCAAAAGACAGCAUUUAG